AUGCAAAUCCAGUUACAAAUCACUGGCGUUCCUCAAGUUGGGAACACAUAUGCCGCUACUCUUCACCACCAAAUGGCGUAUAGGGUGCAAAACCAUGCAAUAGACUCGAGUCUCCCACGUGACACAGAAGAUGCACUGCUCAUACAAUUGGAGUCACAACACAGUCCAUCAUGCAUCCAUAUACCAAGACAAAUCCCUAAAGAUGAGCUGAUCAAGCUACUUCCGGAGUCAUGGGUAACCAACUAUGAAAAACUUCAUGAAAACAGCACUCCGAUACAAUCGGUAGACUCCUCUAUCAGCAGAAGAAAAGAUGGAGCCAUACAGAUAGAGUUCAAACAAUAA